GUUCUCAACGACUACUAGUUCGGGCCCUAUUUAGGCUUACAAAAUUAUUCUUUGGCAACAAAAAAAUCUUUAUGAAUAAAGGUAAAUUCUGUGUGGUGCAGUCCGAGGCAAUCGUACAUGAGCGCGGGAGGCAGACGGUCCCGGCAGUGGCGAGGUCCCGAGUGCCUGGGCACCUCCUAUCCUCCCCCUGCCAGCCAGCGACUCCCCUCGGCACCUGCGCCCUACCCCUGCGUGGUGCAGAGGAAUGGGAAUAAUUACACCUAUCAGGUUCGGCGCUCCGAGACAUACCCUUCGAUCCGACCGCCUGGGUCCCGAUGCCAAGAAAGUAAGUCACCAGCCGGGUUGAUCCACAGCCGUGGGGCCGAUGGCCGCGGGCGACCCUUCGACAUGGAGCGCGACGACGUCCUGCAAGUCUGGCAGCAGAGCCCGCACAAGGACACGCUGGGCUUCUAUGGCGUCGGUUCGCCCGCCCACCAGCCCGAAUCGUUGAGGUUCAACCAGUUGCUGGCACAGUGCCUGAACAAGGCAAGCGGGACACCCAAGCAGCGCCCACCCAAGCCCCCCCUUCCACCGCAACUACGCCGCGUCCAAUCAAGCAAGCCUUUUCCGUCGCAGCCGUGCCCGCCCUUGAUCCUCAAUCGGUGGGUAUUGCAACAGGAAAUUCAACGGAUGCCACAGGUCCAGCAGCAACUAUCGCCCCGAAGGGCAACGCCCAACAUGUACUGCUGGGCUCAUCCAGAUCCUAACAAUCCUUUUGGUUUGCCGGCAGUCCUCUCAGAGGAGCAACGCCUCCGCAACCUCAGCCGGACACGCUCUGUGGCACCGAAGCCUCAGCGACGCACCAAGUUCUGGUAUUGUCCUCCUUGUUGUGUUCCGAAUCCUAAGACUAAUUCCAGGAAUCCGGAGGCCUUCGACCAGCCCGUCCCAUCCGAGCCCAGGAACUACGACGAGCUAUACAAACGGCUAGUGGGCUGCUUUGAGCCAACCGAGGAUCCCAUUUGCAAAGUCUACGAGGUUUGCUGCAAACCCAAGAAGCCCCGGGGGAAGGACGGAGGUGCAGGUGGUACUGGAGACGGAGCGGGGGGCACCGGAGGUGCCGGAGACGGAGAUAGAGAUGGGCAGGAUAGCAAUUUCAGCAAUUUCGGUCCUGAUAGCGGAUCGGCACUCCGACCCUCCUUAAGCGACUAUGGCGGCAAUCGGGGAGCAGGAGACGGAGGUGAUGAAAAGACCGCUAGAGGCUAUAAAGGCAAAGAGGAUAGAGUCAAUAGAGGUGAUAAAAGCAAAGAAGAGGAAGGUGAUAAGGACAAAAGCAAGGACAAAGAUGAAGGGAUCACCAAGGAGAAAGAAAAAGCUAGUGAUAAAACGAAAGAAGUUGGCACUGAAAAGGUCAACAAGACAAAAGAUAGAGAUUCCGAAAGCUUAAAAUCGAAAUAUGAAUAUGUGAGAAAGGAUAAAAGAAAUAAGACUAAAGAAAAAAGAAAAAGCGAUACGGAAGAACCCAAAAUGGAGGAACCUCUCCUCUCAUAUGAAGAUGUUGAAGAUUAUAGGCCUCUCAGAGAGCCUUCAAAGGCCUCCCUUAGGACACCUUCCAGACUCCAAAUCCUUGAACCGCCGCCAUAUUUUAUGCCUGGGGAUGUGGAUCUGCCAACUAAAAAGAUCAGAAAGAGGCGCCAUUCCAAGAAAAAUAACCACAAUGCUCAUUUCCAGGAUGAAAAACAGAAACCGCCCUGCCCUGUCUGUCCGCCCUGUCCGCCUCCGGAGUGCCAGUGCGAGAUCUGCCACUUCAUGGAGCGCCGCCGCAAGGAACCCGAGGCGCCCUUCAUCCGGGACAUGAGGCGAGCGGAGAAGAGACUCCAGCUACGCAACUACUAUCGGCAAAUGUGCCACCGGAGCUACAUGGCAUGCCGCACCGACGAGGAGUACCGCGCUCCGCUCCGCAAAUGCGAUCCCAUUAAGUGCGAGGACUUCUUCUGCAACAAAAGUCGCCUCUACGAGCACUGCGAGUGUCUGACCGCCGUCCAGGAGCUCAAGAAACUUCUCAAAGGAUCUUCCAAUAAAAGGAUCCUCAACUAUGUGGAUAAUCUCUGUCAAAGAAUCUGCCAGCGCAUGUGCGAUUGCAUCCUCACCUAGUCUACUAUGUUUUUCGUUGUUCUGUCUUUUUAAUUGAAAAGUAAAUUUUAUUUUAGCCGUCA